CAUCAUCAAGAUAUUUUGACAUCUUGGUUACUUCACACUCUUUUCUUGCACAGUCCCUUCAGCCAGGUUGCUUUCUUCUCCCAACUUCUCUCCAUUCCUUCGAGAAAUCAAACCCAGCGAAGUCGACUUUCGCUCCUUUUGACCAGACCAACCAAGCACAUCUCGACCUCGAUAUCGCUAUCCAAUCGACCACCACAGCCUUCUCGUCAGAAAAUCGUUCCACAGGGCAUUGACUGCUCUCUCGUUUCAGGCAGGCCCUCACCACACAAGAAAUUUCUUCAAGACAAAUCUACCACAUUCAAGAUGCAGUUCUUUACACUCGCCGUCGCUCUCUUCGCCGCCGUGGCAACUGCCCGCAGCCACGGACACGCCCAGCGCUUCCGGCACCGCCGUACCUUCAACGAGUCAUCUUCUGCCCUUGACCUGACCACCCUGACCGUCCAGAUCACCUCCACCCACAGCGUUAUCGGCUGUGCCCAGAACGUCACCGACUGCCCUGCCCGUAGUGCCACCGCUAUCCGCACCAUCACCGAGAUCGUUGACUUGACGACCACCGUAUGCCCUGUUGCGUCGGCCUCUGAUAUCUCCAGCAGUGUCGUUGCCUCUGCCUCUGCCAUCCAGACCCCGGGUGCCGUUAUCUCCACCAAGGCUGCUGAGCCCGUCCAGACCAGCGACAGCGUUUUGAGUUACACCCUUGGCACCGGAGCCACCCAGUCCGUCGUUACUACCACCAUCAAGCACACCAUUACUGGCUAUGUCACCAAGUACAUGACCAAGAGCAGCGGUGCCCAGGCCACACCUGUCGUAGGUGGUGGCCAGGCCAAUGUCGGUGGAAAUGACAAGGGAAGCGGAAACGGCAACGCCAACGGCAACUCCGGUGAGCCAACGACCACUGUCCUAACCACCAGCACCGCAACCCGCACCAUCCACGUCAAGCCAACUACCUCCGCCGGCCCAGGCUCCCCCAACGGCGAGGGCAGCAACGCCGGCAACGGAGGUGACUGCGCCGCACCAGUCACCGUCACCGUCGCCCUCUCCACCGUCACCGUGACCUACACCCCUCCCGCAGCCACCGGCACUACCCCAUCUGUUCCAUAUGCCGUUGUUCCAGGAAAGGACGCCGUCAAGAUCAACGCCGCCGCCGCAACUCAGGCUGCUCCCGAGGCACCAGCUACCACUGCUGAGCCUACCAGCGGAGGAGCUUCGGAGGAGCCAGUUACCAUCGUCACUAUCCCAGUGAUCCCAGUCCCGUACAAGAACUCCACUGAGACAGCGACGAGGAACUACUCCCAUUCUUCCGGCUUCCUGAAGGCCCCAAGGCCAACGGGAACUGGAAGCAGCAUCCAGCCUGCCCGUACCGUCUGAUUCUAAAUGGAUGAGCGUCUAGAACGUCGCCACUAGGCGUUCGAGCAUGUUUGAGCAUGUUGCAGUCAUGAAGACAAACUUUCUGCCUUAUUUUGAGCGAUGAACAACAGCAUGCACAGCAUACCUUUACUUCACUUCUUUGUAACACUUUCGGUAUUUUCUGACUGUGUCUUUUAUUUCCAUUUACCUUUUUAUAGACAGUUUUAUUCUUGGAAAAGGAGGGUUUGGGCCAUCUGGUCGGGAUACGCUUCAGGGUAUGAAUAGAACGCAAUUGUACCAUGUAUACACAGAAAUGAAGACAAUUAACACCC